AUUGAUUCGGAAUUUAUUUCACGAAAAUACAUGUGGACCCUUGCCUCAAAAUUUCAAGUUGAAAUUUUCAACACAAAGAGAUAGCUUCUAUACAUGUUGACCAUUAGUUUCAUUCUCAUUCCAUUUGUGAAAUUAAUUCUCACUCACUUGAAAACAAUAUGAAGCAUAUUCUAUUCCAAAUUUGGAGAUGGAUGAUGCAGCCAAAGGUGUGGAGAUUUCUGGGAUUUGCUGCAGCUGUUGUUGGACUGCUUUGCAAUGCUCUCAGUUCUUCCUUCAACUAUCUCUUUGGAGAUUGGAAUUUGUUCAAGAUAAUUCUCUAUACUGUUUUCAGCUUCAUCAUUUGUGUGUUAAUUUUAUUUGCCGCAAGGAUAUGGCAACACUCAAGAAGUCGUUGGUUCCAAGCGCAUACAACAUAUGUUGUAUUGGCAAUCACGUCGCUAUAUUCAUAUUUUUUCGAUAAGUUAAUGCAUAUAACACCAGAUGCAUAUAGUCUCAUUUCAUGUGCAUCCUUUGCUGUCACGGUGCUUAGUUUGUCGAGGAACAAAACUCAAUGCGGAUUUGAAAUCGAUCUUCUAUAUUUUCUUCUAGGAUGUCUAAUGAUGCAACUCAUGAAGAUUAAAUUGAAAUUAUUCAUUCUUGGAGCAGUUUUUAGCUAUUUUCUUAUUAUUCUCCGUUCAUCCUUUUCUUCAAUAGAUGCUAGAGAAAAUAAACAAUACUCUGAAUUCCAAGAUGGAAAUUCAGUGGUUCUUGAUAUGGAUUCUCUACAACUGGCGAGUACUAAUACUUCAAGUGCUAUCAAUAGCAUGGAUUCACAACAAUUGGUGAUCAGUAGUACAGAUAUUGGCAGUAUGAUAGAAAAAUUGGAGACUUGUGUGAAGGAGCUUAAGCACCAAAAUUCAAAGUUCAUUCAAAUUCCUUUAGGGCAUGCAAAAAAAUAUGAACACUCUCAAUUGGUGCUGGUGAAUCCCAACUUCAUGACAAACAUGCUGAACAAAGAACCUAUCAAAGACCUUGAGGAGAAAACAAAUCUUAUGGUGAACGGCGGGUUUGAGAAGGAUUUUUCCUAUGUGUACAACAAUUGUUGUAGGGAAUCUUCCACAGCCUCUUACAAUAUAAUUUUCCUUCACGAGCGAAGACUCUACAAUCACAUCUUCUUCGGGUUCUCACCCGCCUCUGAUUUCCCCUGGGGAUCCAACAUUCAACUUUUGAAUUUUGCUGAUUAUGUGGUCACCAGAGUCCGUUUGCCUGAGCAACUAUUUAAAAUCCUCGAGAUGUUAGAAAUAAUGUGCGACCUAAUUCUAGAAUUUGAAUCCUUGUUUUAUUAUCAGUUCAAUGUGUCUCUCAAGAAAGAACAACCGGCGAAAUGGAAGAAAUUAGGGGAAACAAUCAAAAGAAUUUCCAUGGAGUUGGAGUAUGUCUGCAAUACAGCUGACCCAACUACAAGUUGACUUUCCCAAAAUUAAGGGCAUUUUUGGUAAGAGAAAAAGUCAUCCUAAAAGAGUUGAAAAAUAUUAUUUUCUUUAUAUAUAGUAUAGAUAAUAGAACAAAAGAAGAUGGAAAUUUUGUAAAGAAAAAGGAGAUCAUGGAAAUAAAAAAAUUUAAAGGAAGAAAAAAAUGUUACCUUUCUAUGCACUUUUUUUACUAAAAUUCAUUGUUUCCAAAUAUUAGAUUGAUUCUUUGAUGGUGUGAAACUGUACAUGAGAUAGAACUAAAAAAAUUUAUGAUAGUCUUUUUUUUUUUUUUUUUGAAGGAUGUACCCAAAAAAUUAAUGAAGGAUGAAUGUAAGAAGCAUAAAUAUUGUAAAUACCAAGGUUAAAAUUAAGGAUAAAAUUAGAAGAA